CUGCGCUGCAUCAAACGAGAAAGAAUCGACCGAGGGCAUGAUAAUUGUUUGGCCUGGCUUUAGCUCUCGUCUAUCUAUCCACUUUAGUCUUGGUAUUGCAAUGCCGUGUUAGUAAACUACGAUGGAUCCUUCAAUUUUGAGAACUAGCUACGACGUACAAAGGAAGAUCGGAGCGUUCUAUACUGGUGGUAGAGUAGCAGUUUCUCGUGACGAGAAAUAUCUCUAUUGUUCGUGCGGAACAGCAGUGAAUGUCGUCGAGAUCGACACUGGAAAUACGACCUGUACUUUUGAGGCAGAUGACGAGGAUCCUUUGACGACUUUUGCCGUGAGUCCGGACAAUAGCCUGCUGGUAACAUGCGGCCAAAGCAUGUUGCUCCGAUUGUGGAGCUUGUCAACUCUCACUUCAAGCAGUACUAGUCUUGCAUCAUGGCGCAUACCAGGCGGAGCGCCCGUCUGCGUCGGUGCAUUCGACUCCACAUCUAGUUCCGUGGCGUUGGGUACGACCAGAGGCACUGUGCAGGUUUGGGAUGCUGUGAAGCGCUAUUGCACGCACAACUUCAAGGGCGUACCAGGCCUCGUUGGUGCCGUCGCCUUCCACCCAGCCGGAUCGCAACUGUACUCAUCGGGUGCCGACGGCAUAAUCAAUGUGUGGGACCUGGCAAAGUCACAGCGUGUGAUGCAGCUCAAAGGACACAUGAGCGCUGUUCCUGUGUUGCGCUUUGUUGAUGGCGAGGGAAAGUUACUUAUCAGUGGCGGUCGCGACCAGAUUGUCCAUGUGUGGGAGUGUGUCACGGGACGCUCCAGGAAAACAAUUCCUGUGUUUGAGUUCUUGGAUGAUCUGAUACCUCUACGGGGAGACUCAAUAUUUCCCGGCUGUAAGUCCACGGAGAGGAAACAGUCUGAGGCAUGCUUUUUCACUGCCGGUUCGAAGGGAAUCCUACGUGUCUGGACGAUCAGCGGAAAGUGCGUUUAUGACUCUAGCAAGGCCGAUGCUGCAGAAGCAAAUGCAGCUGCUACUCCUACUGACCAUCACCUUUUGCAGGUGUUCAUCUGUGCCGAGCGUCAACAAGUGGCAAGUGUUACCUUUGACCACACAAUUACUUUCCACAGGCUCACGGAGCGAGACUUGCCUGUCCACAAGCACAUGUCCGGAUUCAAUGAGGAGAUUCUAGCUGUGAAGACCAUCGGUGACUCCGACCAAGUUGCCAUAGCAACAAACAGUGACACACUACGCGUGGUCGACUUGACGACACAGGACGUACAGAUCUUACACGGGCACAGCGAUGGGCUCAUGGCAGUGGACGCGUGUGCCGACGGCUCGUGGCUAGCAACGUGCUCCAAGGACCAAACGGUCCGCGUGUGGACCCGCUCAUCCGGCGAGUCGACCCGUUUUGAAUGUGUCGGCGUCGGCCGUGGCCACACAGCGGCCGUCGGAUCUGUAGUGUGCAGUCUUCCUGAAGCCACGGCCCCGUUCCUGGUGUCCGCCGCUCGUGAUUGCACGCUGAAGGUAUGGGAAGUGCAGCAUGCCGUGUACGCAGGUGGCCGGGCGCAUGAUCAAAGGAUCCCUUCGCUAGAUGUACGGUUUACACAACAAGCGCAUGCCAAGGAUGUAAACGCUCUGGCCAUUUCGCCAAAGAACCAACUAAUCGCUACAGCCGGUGCUGACAAGAUUGCAAAGGUGUGGAGUGCCAGCGACGGAACACUUCAGGGUGUGUUGCGUGGUCAUCGGCGUGGUGUGUGGAGUGUGGCUUUCUCUCCGUUGGAUAGGGCUGUUGCCACUGCGUCGGCUGAUGCCUCAGUCCGUCUUUGGUCUCUUCAACACAUGACUUGCAUGCGUACGUUUGAAGGCCAUGCAAACUCCGCGCUGAACGUCAUCUUCAUGUCGCGCGGUACUCAGCUGUGCUCGGCUGGCGGCGAUGGCUUUCUCAAGGUCUGGAACGUGCACACCGGUGACUUGGCAUGUUCUUUGGACGGUCAUGAUGACCGAGUGUGGGCGGUGUGUGCCAGCAACGAUGGCGAGUCACUCGUGUCCGGUGGCAGUGACUCAACGCUCGUCGUGUGGCGCAACACCACGCAGGAAGUGGCACAGCGUAACAAGGACAAGGAGGCUGAGCAAGUUCUGGCGCAGCAGGAGCUCAACAAUCUCCUUGCUAAUAAGCUCUACACUAAGGCGGUGCAGCUGGCACUGCGCCUGGAUCAGCCAUUUCGUCUGCUCGGCGUGGUCAAAAGCAUCCUGGAACUGCCCGAGGAUGUUGACAGCGCUGCCCAGCUUGACAUUGCGCUGGCCAAUCUGCGCGAAGACCAGCUUGUGACGUUGCUCCGCUACGUCGCCACGUGGAACACGAACGCGCAUCACAGCCGCGCCGCGCAGGCCGUCCUGCAAAGCGUGUUCCGGCGCUACCACCCGCGCCACCUGUGCGACAUCAGCGAUGUCGGCAAGAGCGUCGAGCCGCUCGUGUCCUACACUGAGCGACAUUCAGCGCGCGUGUCGCACCUGCUCAAGCAGGCAGCAUUCUUGGACUUUACAUGGGAAUCCAUGCGGCAGUGAGACCAUUGUCAGUUUCAAUGCCACUUUUCUGUACAUAUGUGUAUAUAACUGUGUUUAGAUGUGCGAUGGUUUGAUAAUUAUAAUUUGGCAGUGUUUUAACUUAUACACUGUACUGGAACUAAGUGAACAUGCA